AUGGCGGUGGAAGACGAUUCGAGCAGUUCGUCUUCCGAGGUUUCUGCCAAGCGCCGUCGACGGCUGCCGUUGCCUGCAUGCGUCCUCAAGCUUUUCGGGGAAUCGAGUCGCGAUGGUGGCCGAGCCCUGACAAAUUGCCAGAACAGUGGCUCAGAAAGUGGCCCCCCCACCUCCUUGAAAGCCAUGAUGGACGCCGCAGCCCUGCCAGAAGGGACGGGCACCUGCUCACAGUUCAACAUCAUGAAGGGGUUUGGCUUCAUCGACAUGGGCGGCGUCACUGUUUUUGUCCACAACACCGACUGCGAGCCCGGAAAGCAGCCGAAGGAAGGUGACGUUCUUACGUUCAACUACGAGCCCAGGAAAAACAACCCGGAGCAGAUGCAAGCGCGGAAUGUCAAGGGCUGUUCUGCUCAACGGACGGACGUGUGGGGUCAGCCCAAGUUCGCGGGGCCGGUGGAAGGCACUGGUGCUUACAGUGGGAGUGUCAAAAGUUUCGGCGCGAAGGGCUAUGGCUUCAUCGUCAUGGAAGACGGCGUGGAGAUGUUCUUCAACAUCAAAGACUGCGUGGGCAGCAAGCCAAUGGCAGGAGAUACAGUCAAGUUCGACAUCGAGGAGAGCCCUAUCAAGCCUGGCAGCAAGCAGGCCAAGAAUGUUACCGGAGGAAGCCAGCCUUUGGAUCCACCGAUGGGCAUGAAGGGUGGAUGGGGUCCGAUGUGGGAUGGGGGCAAGGGCAUGUGGGGCGGAGAUGAGCUGGUGCUCGCUCACCCCGUCGCUGUUCAAGUGGUCCUUGGCCCAGAGCUCCGGUUAUGCGUCUUGGAGGCAUCGCCAGCACGCCAGGAAGCCGGCAUCGAGCAGGCGGUGGAUUCAGAGAAGCAAAACCUACAGCUUGAGGGUGAACAUCGGGGCCUGUUGGAUCCGUAUGGCCUUGCGAUUUGGCCUUCUGCUCUUGUCCUAGCCCAAGGAGUUGCAAGCUAUGCCGCUGAAGCCUCCACUGGUUCCCGAAGAAGACUUCUGGAGCUCGGGGCUGGCUGCGGGAUGGUUUCACUUGCCGCGGCACAUUUGGGCUUUGAAGUGCUUUCCACCGAUUUCCGAUCAUCGCCACUAUGCCUGGUGGCUGCAUCUGCGAGGCGGCAGGAUCUCAGCAAGCGAGUCCACACGUGCUUGCUGGAUAUUUGCGAUCUCUCCACACCUCUACCUCCGGCCGACGUUGUCGUCGCCGCAGAUGUCCUGUACGACGCCAGAACAGCAAAGGCCAUGGCGGAGCGGGUGGCGGAAGCGCACCUGCGUGGAAGUGUUGUUCUGUUAGCAGAUGUUGGCCGCCCAAACCGAAGGCUUUUUCUCAGUCGACUGCUGCAGCUGCUUCCAAGUCUUGCUACACGGCUGCCAGGAUUUGACUUCCCCAUUGAAGGGCUGGCUGUACAAGAGACGGAUGGUGCAGAGGUGGAGCAUCGCCACGUGCCCGUGCAGUCCGAGCUCAAUUCCCGGUACGGGGCACAGAUUCUGGCGUUGCAGUGGCUGUGCCAGCUGCGCAUUGUACGCGGACCUUUGAAGCUGAAGCUCUGGAAUCUAGUUGGCGACAGAUGGUUCACUGUAGGUGACUCAGCAGAGCAUGCUUGCAUUAGAUCGUAUACAGGCCUCAUGGCUCCAAAGAAAGGCACGAAACGAGUGAUUCAAGUGCCAGAAGAGGACGAGCCGCCGGCCAAGAAGCUGCUCACUUCACUCAAGAGGCACGGUAUCAAGGAAUCUACGUAUCGCCAUGUAGCAGACGUGUUCUCUCAUUCCGCAGCUGCUCAUUUAUCGCAGGAUUGCAAGGACAUGUUCAUGGCUGCACUCCCUUUCAGUCUUCUGAUGGCAUCGGAUGAGAGGAACACCUUCCAAGAAACCGUCGUGGGACUGGUGGACAAGGUGGUGACCGAGAUGCUGGCUGGCAUGCAGGAGUCGCUUGACAAAGCGAACGAGAAGCUGCAGUUAAUGGAUGCGGAAAAGGCACGACUUGAUGAAUCAAUUCAGUUAGCGGAGGACCAGUUGAAGGCCGCGCAGGCCUGCGCUUGUGAGAAGCGGGCCGUGGUUACUGCCGCCUCUGCUGCUGUUUCGGCCGCGCAGGAGAAGCUAAGUGUGGCCAAAGAAGCCGAAGCAGCUGGACAGCGAGCGAGACAAGCUGCCUCUGAUGACAAGGCCAUGCUCCAGCAAGCUGUGAGUACUGGGUGCUUCUCGAGGCUCAAGGCUGGCGAGUGGGAGGAUGGUGAAGCAGAGCGGCUCUUCAGUUCACUCGAGCCGCUGGUGCUGAAGAAGCUGAAGACCGAUUCAUCUUUGAGAACGGCAAUGCGAUGUACUCUUCUGAAGAAGCCGGUGAACCGCGGGCAGUUUGAUGCCAUGCUGCUUGAGGAGCUUGAGAGAGCCUUUUCGGCGCGAAUCUCGGAGCUUGAGUCGAACCUUUCUGAAGCGGGUGCCGUGACAGCAGAGCUCGCAGAGAAUGUGGCUACAGCACAUGCUGAAGUGGAGACUGCGAUGGCCUCGCAGCAGCAUGCAUCCGAUGCGCUGUCCUCAUCCUCCUCUGAGGAGAAGAUGCGGGUUGCUGCCCUGCAAGCGGCCAAGGUGACUCUGCAGGAGUUCAAGCCGAAGCAUGCUCAGGCAUGCAGCGGAAGGAAUGCUGAGCAGCAGCAGAUGCAGCAGUUCGUGGACAAAAAUGUCGCUGCAUUUCAAGAGCUCAAGGACAGGGUGUCUGUCAAGCCGGAGAAGGAGAUGGCCACUGGGAAGGAACUCCAGGCCAAUGCGACAUCCGUGUUGGCCUGUGAAGCUGGCCCUGAGGCCGUGUGUGGUUCCGAAACCCCGCAAAGUAGUGAAGCUCUCGUCCCGGACAGGUGGGUGGCGCAUAAUUAG